GGAGCGGCCAUGGGGGAGCAGGCGGAGGCGGCAGUGAUCACACCAGCUAUGCUGAAGGAGGAGGAGCAGCUGGAGGCGGAGGGGCUGGAGAAGGAGCGGCAGAUGCUGGAAAGGGCUCGCACUUCCUGGGAGAGGGAGUCAAGUGAAAUACGCUAUAAGAGGCUUCAACAUUUGCUUGAAAAAAGCAACAUCUAUUCCAAAUUCUUGCUAACCAAAAUGGAACAGCAGCAGUUGGAGGAACAGAGGAGGAAAGAGAAGUUAGAAAGAAAGAGAGAGUUGAUGUUAAAAUCUGCCAAGAGUCAAAAUCCAGUUGAUGGUGCAGAGAAGUCAGGUGCAAAAAAGAAGAGGGGGAGAGAAGAUGGGACAUACAACAUCUCAGAAAUUAUGUCCAAGGAGGAGAUAUUGUCAGUGGCAAAAAAAAGUAAAGUGGAAAAUGAGGAUGAAAGCUCUCCUAACAACCUAUGUCCAGAAGACCUGCAGAAAAAUGGGGACUCAAAUAGUGUCAUUAAGGAUAGAUUGUGUCAAGCUGUGCGACACAGCGCCAAGCAAUUCCUUGAUCCUAUACGGAAAUUUAAUGGACAACCGGUGCCUUUUCAGCAGCCAAAGAUUUUUACCGGAGGUGUAAUGAGGUGGUACCAAGUGGAAGGCAUGGAGUGGCUAAGGAUGCUUUGGGAAAAUGGUAUCAAUGGCAUUUUAGCUGAUGAAAUGGGCUUGGGGAAGACUAUUCAGUGUAUUGCCACAAUAGCACUGAUGGUGGAGCGAGGAGUGCCUGGUCCAUUCUUAGUAUGUGGUCCUUUGUCUACUCUUCCAAACUGGAUGUCUGAAUUCAAGAGAUUUACUCCAGAGAUUCCACUAAUGCUUUAUCAUGGAACUCAGCAGGAACGUCGUAAACUGGUUCGUAAAAUUCACGGACGACAAGGCUCACUGCAAAUCCAUCCUGUGGUCAUUACUUCCUUUGAAAUAGCGAUGCGAGACAGAAAUGCCUUGCAGCACUGCUUCUGGAAGUACCUGAUAGUAGAUGAAGGUCACAGGAUUAAAAACAUGAACUGCCGCCUUAUCAGAGAAUUGAAACGAUUUAAUGCAGACAAUAAACUCCUGUUAACUGGUACUCCACUGCAAAACAACUUGGCAGAGCUUUGGUCUUUGCUUAACUUCCUGUUGCCAGAUGUGUUUGAUGAUUUGAAAAGCUUUGAAUCUUGGUUUGAUAUUACCACCAUUACAGAAACUGCUGAAGAUAUUAUUGCUAAAGAAAGGGAGCAGAACAUCUUGCAUAUGCUGCAUCAGAUUCUCACACCGUUCUUAUUGAGAAGAUUGAAAUCUGAUGUUGCUCUUGAGGUUCCUCCUAAACGAGAAGUGGUGGUAUAUGCGCCCCUAGCAAAGAAGCAAGAAACUUUCUACACUGCCAUUGUAAACCGCACCAUUAGGAAACUGCUUGGAAAUAACGAGGAAGAAGUAGUUGAGUUGAGUCCUACAGGCCGACCAAAACGCCGUAGUCGAAAGGUGGUUGAUUAUUGUGAAGAACAUAAUGGUUCACCUGAUGACUUAGAAAAACUGAUCAGUAAAGUGCAAGAGGAAGUAGAAAAAGAGAGGCCUGUGGUAGAUGUAGGCGUUCCCAUGGAUUCAGAGGUGAACCUUAAACUGCAGAAUGUUAUGAUGUUACUGAGGAAGUGUUGCAAUCACCCCUAUCUUAUUGAAUAUCCGUUGGACCCUGCCACACAACAAUUUAAGAUUGAUGAAGAUUUAGUAAAGAAUUCAGGGAAGCUUCUGCUUUUGGACCGGAUGCUUCCAGAGCUGAAAAAGAGAGGACAUAAGGUGUUGCUGUUCUCUCAGAUGACUAUGAUGCUUGACAUUUUGAUGGAUUACUGCUAUCUGAGAGACUUCAAAUUUAGUCGUUUGGAUGGCACUAUGUCUUAUUCAGAGAGAGAAGAAAAUAUGCAUCAGUUCAAUACUGACUCUGAAGUCUUCCUGUUCUUAGUGAGCACAAGAGCUGGAGGCCUGGGCAUUAACUUAACUGCAGCAGACACAGUUAUCAUCUACGAUAGCGACUGGAACCCCCAGUCAGACUUGCAGGCCCAAGACAGGUGUCAUAGAAUUGGCCAGACAAAGCCGGUUGUUGUUUAUCGUCUUGUGACAGCAAAUACUGUUGACCAGAAGAUUGUGGAAAGAGCUGCUGCCAAGAGGAAGCUGGAGAAGCUGAUUAUCCACAAAAAUCAGUUUAAAGGUGGCAAAUCUGGUCUAGCACAGUCAAAGAGCUGCCUGGACCCUCAGGAAUUAAUAGAAUUAUUGAAAUCCAGAGACUAUGAGAGGGAGGUUAAAGGAUCUAAAGAAAAAGUAAUCAGUGAUAAAGAUCUAGAGUUACUCUUGGACAGAAGUGAUCUUAUUGAUCAAAUGAAGACCUCUGAAAAUACGAAAAUGGAAAAAACGGGUGUUUUCAGGGUCCUAGAAGAAUCGUCAGAUUCCAAGGCAGAAUGUGUGUUUUAAUGUGCAAACAUAGCUUUUACAGGACAAACCUAUGUCUGACAUCAAAUCCUCAGAGGUGUUACUUG